UAUGUACUCUGUCUUUGUCUCACUGAGAACUGACCCAUUAGCAUCUGAACAUUUCCCCCCCAGAUAUUCUCCUUCCUCCUAUCAAUAUACCCUCAGAUUUGUAAAAUUGCCCUGAGUAACUGCACACUAGCCAGUACUCCUUUGGCUGCGUCAACAUCCAUGAUCAACAAUUACACAUUACACAACUUUUCACGUCACAGAUAAGGUUUACCCUGUGAGGUUCUGAACAAAAGACAUGAAUUGCUAUACUGUUCAGUCCUAUCAGAUAAGGAGUCUUUAUAUAGUUGCGUUGAAGUAAGGGAGAGGACUAUGUUUUGAGAAAGACGGAGUUCAACCAUGUCACAAUCAAUCAGAGGGAUUUUAGUACUUUUGGUUCUAGGUGGAUUAGGAAGUCGAGCGAGCCAAAGAGUUGCGGAGGGCCCUGAACCGAGGAAUUAUGACUACUUUAAAUAUCACAACAUGUCAGAGAUCUCUGGAUGGAUGGAGCAGCUGGAAAAGGAGAACCAGGGUGUCGUCACCAUCAUAAACUAUGGCUACACAUAUGAGAAACAAGGCAUUAAACUUUUGAAGAUUGGCCUGGCAUCCACUGAGAAGAAAAAGGCCAUCUGGAUGGACUGUGGUAUCCACGCCCGAGAAUGGAUCUCCCCGGCCUUCUGCCAGUAUUUUGUCAGACAGAUUCUCGACACAUACAAGACAGAUGAGAAAAUAGGUCAGAUGCUCAAAAACAUGGACUUGUAUGUGACCCCUGUCUUAAAUAUGGAUGGCUAUGCGCACACAUGGUUCAACCAGUCUACACGACUGUGGAGGAAAUCCAGAUCGCCAGGCAACUGUGGAGACUCCUGCAUGGGCACUGAUCUGAACCGCAACUUUGAUGCAAACUGGGGGUCGGUGGGCAUCUCCAGGAACUGUUGUUCAGAGGUUUAUAAUGGCGCCCGAGUGCUGUCUGAAAGUGAAGCGCAGGCCGUCACAGACUUUGUGAAGGCGAGGAGCAGCGAGAUCCUGUGCUUCCUCACCAUCCACUCCUACGGCCAGCUCAUCCUGGUACCCUUCGGACACCCUAACAUCACCGCACCUAACUACGAUGAACUGAUGUCAGUGGGGCUUGCUGCUGCUAAAGCCAUUAAAGAUGUCCACGGAAUGGACUACACAGUAGGAAGCUCCCCUAAUGUUCUCUAUCCAAACUCGGGCUCUUCCCGAGACUGGGCUCGUCUGAUUGGCAUACCUUUGGCCUUCACCUUUGAACUGAGGGACAAAGGUCUGCAUGGCUUCGAGCUGCCUGAAGACCAGAUCAAGCCCACGUGUGAGGAGGCAUACGCUGGAGUUCGUUCCAUCAUCACCUAUGCCCAUGACAAGGCCUUCCACAUUACUACUCCAAAUACUGCUGCCACUGUAAUAGCCACCAUAUGGACUGUCCUGUUAGCUGUAUGUCUCACUAGCGCACCCUUACUAUAAAUGUAUUAUUGGCAACUAUCUCUAUGCUAUAGUGUCACAGGCAAAAUGAGAUGUUCCUACUUAUUGCUAAUGUGCAAGUCCUUACUAUUUUUUCCCACUACUGCAACAGUUGUUUCGGCUCCUCCUCCUAUUGCUAAAUUUGCAACUUCUAGUGGACUAGCUUGCUAGCCUAGCCUAUUACAUGUAUUAAAGUUGCCAUGGUAACCCGUGUAAAAAUACCCUUUUGUCAUAUUUGCUAAAACUGUCUCUGUCUCCUGACAGUAGUACAUGACACAGAUAAUCUGUGAAAAACUGUGAAAAAUGGGGGCACCUCAGGCUCCAUGUAGUGCUACUAAUGUAAUUUGCAAGAAUCCUCUAUGACCAAAUCAAAACAACCAAUCAGAGCCAGGAGGAGUAUCUGACGAGGUGUCAAUCACUGCUCAUGCACUAGUCACGUUAAUAAGCGAUUAGUGUGUUGCUGUCAGGAAAUGUUACUGACAAACUUGUUGUGCUUCUUUGAACGUGAUAUUUAGUGCUCAUAUUGGGUACAAUAUGUUCAGAUGUGAUCCACAGUGUAAUAAAACGUAACAGUUCUGCUG